GCGAACAACACUCUCUCGUCGCGGCAGCACACACACCGCACAACGCACACGACGCGCGACGACGAUCACAAUAAUAUUAAUAUUAUAUUGUAAUGAUAAUAAUAGUCGUAUAGGCUGCGGUAAUCGCAAAUAAUAUUAUCCGUUCGUCGGCAGAUCGUUGGACCGUCGGGCCGCGCAGUGAUCGCGUAAACCUCAUGCGGAUACAUAAUGCCGUUGUUUCGUCCGACGACCGUGUGUGAAUUUUAAACGAAUUUUAACAAUCAUUUUUGAUUUUAAUUUUUUUUUUUUUUUUAUUAUUUUAUCGUCGUACAGUAAUCGCGAUUUUAAUAAUAUAAAGUUUCUGUGCGAUUCGGUUUGUUUGUUUGUUCGCGUUUUUCUAUCUUAUCGUUAGUCUUACUAUACGCGUCUCGUUUUACCGUUUUUGUCGAUCGAUCGGCAAAAAAAAUAAAUAACGUUCGGUGUUUUUGUGCCGUCCACUGCGACAUGGCCAUGCGGAAGCUAAUAUUAAAUAAUUUACUUUUACGUGACGGCCGUUUAAACUUUUGAAGUGUCCAAGUGUGUUCCGCGUGAGGAUAACAACGACUACGACGCCGCCGCAUCCGCUGCCCCGCCGACACUCGACCGAUCAUCAGAUAAACGCAGAUAUUUUGUAUUUUCAUUCCUGCUCCCUGGAGGUUGCUGCGAAGACACAGCCUCAGACCUCGGCGGUCUGUAGAUGAUCUACUAAUCAGACGGCGUGGCCAAAGUGAUGAGCGUGGUGGACACGUCUCCUCCGGCGUGGUACACCUACUACCCACGACCCGUGGUCGCAUCAGUAGCGCAUCCGCGCGAUCCGUCCAGCAUGCGCGAGAAGCAUUCGAGCCCGCGCAAGAUGGUCGCCGUGCCCGCAGUGGUGCCGUGCGUGUCCCCUAAACAGGGUUCCGUGUACCCGGCUCACCACCAUCACCACCAUCACCGCAGGCACCACGACCAGUUGGAUCACCACCGUCACCGUCGCGACGACGACGGCUCGGCCGCGGACAACGACGACGACGAGGACGACGAGGACAUGAUGCCGUUCGACCUGUCCCGCAACGGCGGCAGCUCGCCAUCGUCGUCGCCACGGUCGCCGCUCCGGUCGCACCGCAUGUCGCCGGCCGCGUUCAAACCGUACGACGGCAGUGGCAACGCCAACAACGAUCAGCCGCUCGACCUGCGCGUCGACUACAAGAAAUCGCGUCGCGGCGACGAGAUGGAGGACGAGAACCAGAACCUGAUCAUCAGGACGCCGUCCCCGGAGGACAUCCAGGUCGACAGCCCGGGACCGCCGUCCGAGGGACUGCAGCGGUACCACCACGGCGACCACAACAGCGACCGCGGGACAGCGGUGCACAGUCCGUGUUCGUCGUCCGACAAGGAAGUGAUCGUGACCGACGAUCACGUCCAUCAUCACCAUCGGCACUACCAACCGCCGCAGCACCACCAGAACCCGAACCAACUGCAGCACCACCAACAGCAACAACACCAGCUGCAGCAGCAACAACAACAGCAACAGCAACAGCAACAGCAACAGCAACAGCAACAGCAGCAGCAGCAGCACCGCCGCGGUGGCAUAACCGUCGAAGACGAACGACACCACCACCAGCGGAUGGUCAACUAUCCGGUGCUGUUCCCGCCGCAGCCGCUUCACCCAAUGAUGCUGGAGGCCAUAUACAGGGCGGGCGCCGUGGGCGACAAGUCCCGGAUGCCGUCGCUGGCCGGUUACCAGACGGGCGGCGGUUACCACAGGCCGCCGCAGCACUAUCCGUUCAUCAACGCGCCGCUGCUCAACGGGCACCACCACGUGCCGCCGCCCACCUACGACGUCGUCAGACAACCGCCGCCGCCGCCACUGCCGCCACCCGUGGCCAGAUCUCCGCAGCACAAGUCGUCGGCGUUCCAGGAGACGUCCGGGAAACCGAAAGACAGGUACUCGUGCAAGUUUUGUCAGAAGGUGUUCCCGCGCAGCGCCAACCUGACUAGGCAUCUGCGGACGCACACGGGCGAGCAACCGUACAAGUGCAACUACUGCGAACGGUCGUUCAGCAUAUCGUCCAACCUGCAACGGCACGUGCGCAACAUACACAACAAGGAGAAACCGUUCAAGUGUCCGCUGUGCGAGCGGUGUUUCGGGCAGCAGACCAACCUGGACCGGCACCUCAAGAAGCACGAGGCCGACGGUCCGACCAUAAUGGACGACAGGCUGUCUUCGUCCGCGGCCGUAGUGGCCGCAGCCGCCGCUGCUGCCGCGGCCAACCGGAGGCGUCCGUCCCGCGGCCCCGGCGCCGGCGACGAGUCGUACUUCGAGGAGAUCCGAUCAUUCAUGGGCAAGGUGAGCGAGGACGGCAGCCGGUUCGCCGCCGCCGCGGCCGCAGCCGCUGCGGCCGCGGCCAUCGGCCACGGUCGGGGCGGCGGACUCGCGCGUCCGACCGGCGGCGGGCGGCGACAGUCGACGACGUCCGCCUCGUGCCCGUACCGCCGAGGUUCGCCGGGCGACGCGUCUCCGGCCGAGAAGUUCUCGUCCCGGUCGUCCGCCUCGUCGGCCGGUUCCACGGAAUCGUCUUCGGGCACGGUCGACGUGUCCACCGCGGCCGCGACCGCCGAAAAGGAGUGCGUCAACAGCACCUGACCCUCCGCCUCCGCGGCUUCCCAUCGCGAUCGUCGCACCGCCGCCGCCGCCGCCGAUACCACGACCGCGGUUGCCGCGGCCCGCAGUCGUCGAAAACGCGGUUGAUCCGACGACCACGACGACGACGACUCGUGCGUGCCAGUCUCUCAAGCGCCGCCGGUCGGAUCUCUGCGGGUGCGCGACCAUCGCGUGGAGCUAAUUUUCUUUUUCUCCGCGUACGCAUAUACACAUCGCGUAUUGCCUCAAUUUUUCUCUACACGACUUUUCGACGAGGUAACGAAUAAUAUAUUAUAUUAUAUAAUACGAGUAACGUAAUGUUUAAUACAAUAUUUUAGUAUAUCCUUAGUGGUACGGGUGUACCUACGUAGUUUUUAGUUGCGGAUUGUAUUAUUAUUAUUAUUAUUAUUAUUAUUAUUAUUAUUAUUAUUAUUUUUAAAUUUACAUAUAUAGUUUAUCAUCAUAAUCAUUAUUGCGUGUAAAUAUUUUGUGUCGUAAAACGUGCACGUGUGUUAUUAUAUAAGAUUUAUAUUGUAUUUUUGGAAACUCGCUGUUCCCCGCAACCGACCGCGAUCGUUCUGUGAUAGCGAUAACAGGACCAACUGUCGCGAUUAGCUCCUCGCAUUGGAUCGGUAUGUUGUGUAACGUAGUGUCGACGUUUCGUCCGUUCUACUAUAGCUUUUGACAAACGGCGGUACGUAUGCUCGCAAUGCCGAACCCAUAUUGAUAUUAAAGUAAUAUUUACGUAUACCUAAAUGUUAUGCUAAUCUAGUUUGACUAUAUUAUUAUAUAAUAUUAUGUUAUGUUUGUAGUUUCGAUUUUGACCCACCGUGAUCCACACGCUUUUGUUUUCGAUCGUAACAGAAUUUACUAAAAGACUUAAAUCUAAAAUAAUAUUAAUUUAAAAUAAAACUCGUACCUUUACGGGAGUUUAAUGUUUUAUAAACGCAGUGACAAUGUCGUACGACAACCACUUUAUAUUAUGAUAUUGUAAACAAUCGAUCGGCAUUGCCCGUCGACACAUCACGCCACCGAAACCGAAUCGUGUCCACCGCAGCGCGUUACGCGGAGAAUCGGACCCAGAAAAGUCAAACGCUUUUCUCUCGUCGUUCGACACGGAAAUGUCCACAGCAGCACGCGCGUAUAGCACUAUCAUCACGACAAUAUACGCGCCUUAUAGUUGAACAUUUUUUUUUUUUUUUUACUCUUGUUUGCUCUCGUAGUCGGACGUUGAACGACGAAACGCUUCUUCACACGGUCGACAGACGGGUCUGGCGAAGUAGGAGCGGGGGCGAAAAGAAUAUCUCGAGAGAUAUCACGCUUUAUAGACUUGGUGGUGACGCGACUGUACAAGUAUAGAGGUAGGUAUAGUAUAUUAGAAAACGGUUUCUCUAUCGGUCAAUAGUGCAUUUCGCAUUACCAUAAUAUUUAAAACGCGUCGAGCAGGAUGCUCUAGAUUCAGCCAGUGUGUGUGUGUGUGUGUGUGUGUGUGCAGGACGAAAACCGGUCGAUGAAAUCGUUAUAUACGGUUUGUUUUUUUUUCACUUUUAACACACGCACGCGCACGCUCACGUUCCCACUUGUGUGCGCGUAUUAUUUUUUUUUAACUUCCAGUUCGAUAAUAUACGGUUUUCUCGCUAACCGGUUCCCCUGUUCCACCGCCGCCGCCCGGAUGCUGCGCCGUGCGCGGACACGAAAAAGGAAAAAAAUAUAUCAAUUAUUAUUAUUAUUAUUAUUAUUAUUAUUAAAUAUAUAUGUAUAUAAAUAUUAUAUAUAUACAUGAUUAAUAUAAUAAUGUGUAAACGUGUGUUUCGGUUGUUAUUUUGUUUACUCUCGACACCCGUGUUUACCAACAGGGCUUAAGAAAUCUCGGUUAUAUUUCAGCUGUAAAUAAUAAAAAUAAUAUUCUUGUAAUAAAUACAUACAGAAAGAACGCCAAAGUUCGUCUAUAUGUAUAAAAGUAUCUAUGUACAUAAUAUAAUAACAUAAUUAAAUUAAUAUUUUCGCUUCGGGGUGUUUCUGUACGGAAUACGAUAAAAAAAAAAAAAAAAAACUAUAAUGACAAAUGAUUUGCGUUCAUGCAAUAUUCUUUAAUAUUUCUUAAAAUUAAAUUAGAUAAUUAUGAUAAAAAAAAAAAAAUAAAUAAAAAUUAGAUCGUGUAAUGUAUAUAUUAUAAAACUAUGUAGGUAUCGUCAAACGGAUGAUGAUUAUGGUUAUAAUUAUGGUUCGAAUAUUCGAAUGAUUCGAAUAGUAUAACUGCGAUGAUAAUAAUGUGUUCAGCAUCCAACCAACAUACACGGUACACGGAAAAUGCUUAAAAAAUAUCGUAAAGCUAGUCAAAAGACAAUACUUAAAAUGAAAUCUGCAAAACAUACAAAAAGCGAUAUAAAUUAACUGUAUUUAACGGAUAUAAUAAAAAUAAUAGGUAUAGACAAUGUGUUAUAGGUUAUAAUAUACAAUUAUAAAACGUAUACCUACGAUCGUUUUAAUUUUAAUAAAUAUAUAUAUAAUUUU